CAGAGGGCACGCGGCGACGUGCAAAGUACGUUGCGCGUCGCCCCGUACCCCAUGGCGUAGGCUCUGCGUUGGUGUAACGCGGGACCAUAAAUCAGCCUUUAAACGUGCGGACGCUGUGUUUGCGCUGCCAGAGCGCUCGGUGGGCUUUUGCAGGACUUAGGCGACCUCACAAUUGUCCACCGUUUCGUUCAGUCAUCUGGUUUAUUAUUUUUACUCACGACAACCGUUUCAGCAAAGUACAUUGGUCCUUAUUGGAUCCAUAUCAUUUUCUUCAGCAAAAUGAAACCGACUUUCUUUUUCUUUUUUCUGUGCUUCUGUGUCAUUCCAACCUGGUGUGCUCAUGCAAAAUAUGCUCAGAAGCUCCUGACGGAUUUAAUGACCAACUACACGAGUGCACUGAGACCUGUGGGGGACACAAAGACCAUCCUGAAUGUGACUCUACAAGUCACGCUGUCACAAAUCAUCGAUAUGGAUGAACGAAACCAAAUUUUGACAGCAUAUUUAUGGAUACGGCAGGUUUGGUUUGAUGCACACCUCAAAUGGAGCAAAGAUGAUUACGAUGGACUCGAUACCAUCCGUAUACCUGGCAGUUAUGUAUGGAGACCUGAUAUAGUUCUAUAUAACAGUGCAGACGAUCGUUUCACCGGCGCCAUGGACACCAAUGUAGUGAUUAGACAUGAUGGUCAGAUGAUGUGGGAUUCGCCAGUUAUCACCAAGAGCUCGUGCAAGGUGGAUGUUUCUUUCUUCCCAUUUGACGGCCAACAGUGCAGGUUCACCUACGGCUCUUGGACCUACAAUGGCAACCAGCUUGACAUCCUGAAUGCCAUGGAGAGUGCUGACCUGGCUGACCUGGUGGAUAAUGUGGAGUGGGAGGUGCUCGGCAUGCCUGCUAAAAAGAGCGUUGUUCAGUACGGCUGCUGUGCCGACCCCUACCCAGAUGUGACUUACACACUUAACCUCAAGAGAAGAGCUUCUUUCUACGUUUUCAACCUGCUUAUACCAUGUGUGAUGAUCUCUUUCCUGGCUCCGCUGGGCUUCUAUCUGCCUGCCGACUCCGGAGAGAAGGUUUCUUUGGGUGUCACCGUAAUGUUGGCACUCACUGUCUUUCAGCUUUUGGUUGCAGAGAUCAUGCCACCAUCAGAGAAUGUACCACUUAUAGGAAAAUAUUACAUUGCAACAAUGACCAUGAUCACAGCCUCUACUGCUCUGACCAUCUUCAUCAUGAAUAUCCACCACUGUGGACCAGAUGCAAAGCCCAUUCCCAAGUGGGCCAAAAAAGUCAUUCUGCAGUACAUGGCCAGGAUGUGCUUUGUGUAUGAGGUUGGUGAGAACUGCAUGUCACCACAGCCAGAGAAGCAUGAUACUCCACUUGCAAAGAACUGCACCAUGAAUGGACAGGCAGGACCAAGCAGAGAGGACCAAGUCCUCAAAAUGGAGAAAGGACAGGAGACAGGGGACUGCAUCACCACAGAGGAGAAAGAAGACAUGGAUCAGAUGACAAGCCCGAUAGGCUCUGUUGGGGGAAACCUGAUUGGCCAUUAUGGUGCUUGGAAGAAUGAUAAUUUACUGAGCAUGGAAAGUCAAGAUUCAGAUGGUCCAAGGAGAUGUAGGAAGGGAGGAGUAAGUGAUGGAGAGAGAAAAGAUGGAGAAAUAUUUAGCAACACACACAGCUUGGAGGGGCUGCUGCAUAACAUUGAAUAUAUCGCCAACUGUUACAGAGAUCAGAGGGCCACUCAGAAAAGGACUGGAGAGUGGAAGAAAGUGGCCAAAGUUCUAGAUCGCUUCUUUAUGUGGUUAUUUUUCAUCAUGGUGUUCUUCAUGAGCCUCCUCAUCAUGGGUAAAGCUGUCUAACUGCAGUCAAACUCUGUAGCCUACUUGUUUUAUCCCAAAAUGUAGUAGUAGCCACAUGUUCACACCUCAAUUAUUUUUGUAAUCCAUUUAUUGAACUCGUGUUGUUUCUACAAGUUAAAUGAAAUA